AGAAGAACGCAGCCAGCCUGUGCUGCCGCAGAGAUCCCGGACUGCCACAUAGAUGCUGCAGUGAUGGGUUUUGGCUGGAAGAAGUCAUCAUGGUUGUCUGAGCCAGAUGGAGAACAGAAGGAAAGAGAACGACGCCGACCGUAAAAGAUGUGAAUUAUCCUGUUUCGCUCUUCCCCCUCCCACUGGAUUCAAUAGCAGGAAUUCUGCACCCCCUCCUUUACUUCCUCAGGAAAAAAAAAUCAAGAAGGAACUUGAUCCCAAUGAGAGGACAAUCACACUGGGAUGGACACUGCAGACAAGAGACCAGCCUGCGACUAUGAUGGAGCUAUUCCAUAACAAUUCCUGGCUUAUCUUCCAGCCUCUCUAGGAUCUAGUUCUGGCUUAUUGCUUGUUCCAUGUGGCAGUACAGUGAAAAUGUCCGGUUAUAGCAGAAAGCUGAGGCUGAUGCUGAUAUUUUGGACCUGGCUUCAAAGAGUUAAUUCUCAGGACCUGGAUCCUGCUGGAAAAAAUGUCUGUACAUCUGACAAUGUCAACAAGAGGCUGGUGUGCUGCCCAGGCUGGAGACAGGAAGGGAAGGAGUGUACAGCUGCAAUUUGUGAGGGGGCUGAUGCCUGCAAAACUGAUGAAAUCUGCAUAAGACCAGGAGUUUGUCGCUGUAAACCGGGUUUCUUUGGUGCUGACUGCAAUUCACCAUGCCCUAAUCAGUAUUGGGGUUCAGAUUGCAAGCAGAGAUGUUCAUGUUAUCCCUUUGGAAAGUGUGAUGGGGUGACUGGCAAAUGUAUCUGCCAUACUAAGCGAUGGGGGCCUAAUUGCCAGAAUACCUGCAAAUGUGGACCACACGGGACCUGCAACCAGCUGACUGGAUUCUGUAAAUGUGAGCCAGGCUGGUGGGCUCAGGACUGUAAUAAACAAUGUUUGUGCAACCUGGAAAAUUCACACUGCAACCAGACUAAUGGACAAUGUCUAUGCAACAGCGGUUGGUGGGGAAAUAGAUGCAGUAUAAGAUGCAGUUGCAACAAAUCUCCAUGUCUACAAGCAAAUGGAAGUUGCAUAUGUCGAGAAGGCUGGUAUGGUCAGGGAUGUGAACACCAGUGUGCCUGUGAGAAAGGUAAAUGCAACUCCAAAAGUGGUGAAUGUGAAUGUUAUACAGGAUACCAAGGAAAAAGGUGCACAGAUCUCUGUUCUACUGGAUAUUAUGGACCCAAAUGUGAGAAAAGCUGUGGAAAGUGUAAAUUGGGCCAGGCAUGCUCUCCUUUUAAUGGCUCGUGUGUGUCCUGUGAACCUGGCUGGAAUGGAACACAUUGUGAUGUGCCUUGUUCACCUGGGUAUUUUGGCGAGAACUGUGCACAGAAAUGUCCAAAGUGUCUUGGAGAAGGAGAAUGUAGUCGUGAGACUGGGACCUGUCUAUAUUGUGAUCCUGGGAAGAUGGGACCCAGGUGUGAGUUUUUUUGUCCAGCUGGAAGUUAUGGGAGCAGAUGCAAACACCUGUGCCCCCUCUGCAUCCAUGGAAAGUGUGACCCAGUGACAGGGGAGUGUGUCUGUGACUUUGGAUACUGGAAACAGAGUUGCAAUGAAACAUGUCCUCAUGGAUAUUUUGGAUCCAACUGUUCAAGCAUCUGUGAUUGUAGUGGUGGCCCAUGUGACCCAACCCAUGGAACAUGCCAACUGACAUCCAGCCAAAAGGGAGCCAUUAUCGCUGGGGCGCUGGUUCCUUUAUGCCUGCUGUUGCUCCUCUGCUGCUGUUGCUGCUGCUGCUGUUGCUGUGGAAAUAAUGAACCUCAGAGUAAAGAAAGAGAAUCUAGAGGUGACAGAGGAUGUUUAUCAAGGAUGAAGCACAAUUUCCAAGGAGCCCUUGUUAACAUAGGCUUUUUCCUUCCAUGCUGUUCUAUUGGGAGUGACAAAGUUUCUUGGGUUACUGUUUCUCAUCAUGACACGGAACUGCCCUUCAACCACAGCUUCAUUGAGUCCCCCUCUACAGGCUGGUUAUCUGAAAACUCCUUUUCUUCAUUUGAAUCAGAUGAAGAUGGACCUGUGUACUGCGUUCCACCAAGAGAAGGAAUGUCUGUUGCUGACUUGGAUGGGUUUCAAGAAAUAAGCUCAAAAUGCAAUGUUUUCCCAGAUGCCAUGGUUUUAAGCACAGAUGAUGUAUCCCUUCCAUUUUCUAUUCCUAGAACCUCUAGCAUUGCAAAAGCCAAAAGACCAUCUGUAUCAUUUGCUGAAGGAACCAAGUUUGAGAGUAGAAGAUCGUCCACAACUGACACACCCAAUCUUGUUAGGAAACCAAAACUUGCUAUGAGUCUCCCAAAGUUGCCCUCUAUACAGUCACAGACAAUAGAUGGAGAUGAGUCACAAAAGGGUGAACACAGUAAUGAGCACUAUGACACCAUAAACUAUAACCCAGAAUCGGAGGAUCAUCCUAAGCUUCAGAGAAGUGGUCCAGUUGGACGCCGGAGGACCAUGUCUAACGCUCAAAAGACAUCUUUCAAAGUAGAAGCUACAGAGACUGGCUUAAAAGAGAACACUGAAAUUAAAAGGAAGGUUCAUAAUAUUUCCACUCUUUAUGUGACUGUUGGUCCCCCAAGAAAGCCUUUUAAGCCUCGUAGAAAAUCAGAAGGCAAUGUGGAUGGAGCAGUGCAGGCAGUGUUGAAACGUUUGGGCAGUUUCCAGAAAGGAAUCCCAAAACCUGCAAGAAGGAGUUUGUUACAGCAGUCCAAUUCAAAAGCCACUCAGCUAAAGCUUACACAUCCAGAAGAUGUCAAAAUUAGAAUGAAAAAUUCUUCAAAUGAUAAAAUACAAGGCAGCCAGUUGAAAAAAAGUGUUCUUCCAAGUUCUUCUAUCCUUAAAAAACACUUGUCCGAGGAUGGUAUAGAGAAUGAAGGCAAUACCGAUAAACAAGAGAAUAUGUAUUCCAACUUGCAUGAUCCAGUAAUAUUGGAACAAACCCAAAAUGGUGAUCAUGUUUACCAAAGCCCAGAUGAUAAAGAAGACUCAGAACCUAAGUAUGAAAACAUAAGUAUAUCAAAGAGUUUAAUGAACAAUGAACUGGAGCCAUCUCCCUUAUAUGAAGAUGCAGAGAUGAACUCUGAUAACCCUAAUUCCUAAACUUUUAUGCACAUUACAAAGAUACCCUUUAUUCAGUUCUAUGUUACUUGAGCCAUCCCAUAGGCUGUUUUAUACAUAUUUGAUAAUAAAAAAUUGAAGGUAA